AUUUUAUUGGAUAGAUAAACUACUUGUAUACGCACACUCGUGUUUAUUUAAAACUGACAAUAUACCCGUGACCUAAAUUUGAAUGUUGAAAUAAGAUAAACGUAUAUGUUAAACCAAAAGUUGAUUUUCCGUCUGGAUUUUAUAGCAGAUACCACGUGUACACCUAUUUCACUUAAUUGUGACAUAUACAAGAGGAUAGGACGUCGAAUACCUUGACGGCACAGACUGAUAAAUUCGUCACUUAGUUCUUCAGUUUUGUUUUGAUUCGCAGAACACUUAAUAGUAUAUAUCACAAACGAAGUUGGUGGAAUAAUCGCAGAACAGAAUAAUGUAGUUAAAAAUAAAUUAUGUGAGUAAAUGUCCCUUAAAAGGAAGGAACCAUGUAAUGUGUAGAGGUUUAUUAAAAGUGGAUAUUGCGUGUUUAUAGACAAGCAUACCAUUAUGAGUGACGGAUCAAGUGCAUCGCAGAAAAUUCUGUUGGAACCACUGAAAAAUAUAGGUGCUCAGGAUAUUCUGAAAGUUGGUUCCACAUAUGAAGGCGUUCUCCGUAAACGUGGGGGUCGUAUCGGAAAUUUGCUGCAUAUAGGAUCUGCAAAAUGGAAACAAAGGUUUGUUGUCAUCUCUCAGGGCUGUGUGUACUCUUUUAAAGAUGAAUAUGCACUAAGACCACAAAGUGCUUUCUCAUUGUCAGUAUACGAGAGUGUGCAAGAGACAACAAUUCCUAACGUGCUGCACGUGUUUGAGAUAAAACAUGAAGAUAGGAGCAGACCAUCACAAUUAUUCGCCAGUGAAACAGAAGCUAAAAGGAAGACUUGGAUAGCAUAUAUACACGACGCUAUUACUCAAGUCCAUCAACAUUCAGGAGGUAGUCAGAAAUUGUCUGCCGACAGUGAUGAAGGCAUAUCCAUGACCCCUAAGAAGAGAAUGUCACGUGCUCCUCUGCCACCACUUCCGCCCACACCAGACGAUACAAAAUACAAACAUAAAUCAAAGUCCGAGUACAGUCUGGAAUCUGAUGAUGAAGAAGAGUAUUCAGAGAUCAAAGAAGAGCAAGAAAUGCGCCGGUUGCCUAGAGGUGCGACCGGGGGAGUUCAAGUGAUGCCGACAGCAGGAACUCCAAAGAGACAAGACACGAUAUCCAGACGUCCCGCCAUACCUUUACCGGAAACACCGGAUCAGCGAAAUCAAACGUCUACACUGGAGCGAAAGCAAGCGGCUAAACAAGGAUACGAAGAUGUCGCAAAACCUGAAGGCAAACUUCCAGAUUACGUAAAUGAAGAAACUUUCAAGGACGAAGACUUUUUCUUCAACGAUAAAAAUAAAGAAGAGGCGCAUAGGCUUUUGGGCGUCCAUCCUGUUGGAACGUUUCUAGUACGACUUGGGAAUAGUACACCGACGGUACUCUCUGUUCAAACGCCGCUGGGAAUAAAGGAAUUUCAGAUUGCUGAAAAUGACGCCGGCAAAGUCUCAAUAAACCGGAGCCAGUAUUUUCCUACUUUACAAAACAUGCUUUGUUUUUAUAACCAGAAUGAUCUGCCAAAGAAAGAAUAUAAAGUAAAACUGGUUAAAGGCUUCAAAAGCUAAAACAAAACAUUACCAAUACAGUGUGUUGUGAUUAAAAUGAAUUCCUGACAUUUCACAUCAAAUUAGUGCAGAUCAUGAUGCACAACUAAAGCAUCGCCAUAAAAGUGCCCUGAAAAUUUAAGUGCUGUGAAAAUUUAAGUGCUGUGAAAAUUUAAGUGCUGUGACAAAAUACUUCCGACUAUGAGGAAGAUUUAUACUCCUGUCAGCUGACGUGACUAUAGGCUUGUGCGUUUCACCAUGUCCUCGUGACUGAUCAUGUGCUCACAGGGACCUGCAGUCGUUAGACAUGCGUUAUACCCAGAAAGGCCAGCCCACGUGACUUUUCGGUAUCGUUUACACGGGGAAAAUCGCUCGAUUUAGGUAACGUUUUUGCUUAUAAUUUCCUUAUUACUUGACAUAUUUUGGUAAAAUAAAAAGCACCGAAGACAAAAUAAUGAGUGCUUUCCGCGCGAUAAAGCGUGUAUCAGAAUUCUUGAUACUUUUCUCAAACACUUUGCCCAAAUGUUUUUUUUACGGACCAAAUGUAUAGAUUACUUAUACAUUAGAAUUUGGGCGAAGUGUUUGAAGACAGUAUUGAUUAAGAGGGACAGAGGAAAGCACUUGUUCUUCUGUCUUCAACGCUUUUUAAUUUAUCAAAAUCCAUCAAGUAACAAGGAAACUACAUACAAAAAUGUUUCAUGAAUCAAAUGAUUUCCCCCUUGUUUACGAUAUCAAAAGGUCACGUGGCCACCCUGAUAUCUAAAAAAAAAUUUAUUACGCUUGCUAGUACAAGACAUAUUCAUGAACUCAUUGUAGAUAUUACUUUGUAUUUUAUAUAGUCUUCUGAUAUUAUUUCUGUGGUUUAUGGACGAUUAUGCACAUACCAAUGGAACCUCGUUGCUAAAACUGGUGAACAUUUUGUAUUGUAAAGGCAUUGUACACGUGUGCUAAAUUAGUGUUCAUUCAUUUCAUAUGAUGACACGAAAGGAAGCACCACAACCUGGUGGAAAAAUAUCGAAUAUUUUGUCUGUACUUUUUUUUUAUCAGUAAAUACACAAAAAUCAUAAAGUCACAGAAUCCGAUUGGUAACACAGGGCAUUGCAAAUAAACAAGAUGGCGUCAAAAAUGGCUGCCGCAUCUAAAAUGGAUACUAACGAUAAGUUUAGAUUCAUUUAUUAAAACAGUUUAUAAUUCGUAGUAUUUUUUUACACGAAAAUAUCAUUUUGGAGAAUUUAUAUUGCAUAUAGGAACGUUCAUUAAUAAGCUCCGAACUCGCUUUAUCUUGUAACUGUUUAACUACAAUACUUACAUUUGACUUAAUCUAAGGGUGCAAGUUCAUUUCAUAUUGUUUUCGUUCAGCAGAUUCAUAUUACAUUUUCGUGUUAUUAUGUUAUAUGUAACGAACGUGGUACAUCUUAAUCGAGGGUAUACGGUACCAGUGAUCUGCAACAUAACUUCUUUAUAUCGUAUUUAUUCUCUGUUCGGGUGCCUCAGACCUCGUAUUGUAAAAUGCAGUUUUACAUUCAUUUUAUAGGCUAAUACAUUUCAUGCUAGAAAUACAUGUAUAAUAAAACAUAAAGUAAU